UGGUGCGUUCGCUGACACUCAAAUGUCAACUGUAUGAGAUCUAAAUGUUAAAUGCUGGUUCCAUGUCAAUUCACGAGGUGGAUACAUCUCAAAUUUCAAGUAAAACAUCCAGCUGAAUUGUUGGGUUUGCCAGGACCAGAAUUCACUUGAUCUAGGUUAAUGGUGGUGUAUUUUUGAUGCAGAAAUGUGCGUAUCUAUGGGAAUAUUGUAAUUAAUUUUAAAUACGUCUGGUGAUUAGCCUCGCAGUUCGACCAUUAAAACAUUUUAUACAGAAUCGAAUGCCUUUUACGCCCACAAUGUGAUUGGUUGUGAGUGGUCAGGUCUCCUGACCCGGAAGAAGGAAGAAAAAUACGCUCAGAGCAGCAAAGCAGUGACAGCAGAGGUAUGGAAUAUGGCAUCAAUCGAAACACAGUCCAUGUUAAGCGUCGGAUUGAUUGAAAAAGAUGUGAACGGUGACACUCUGUGGGUGUGGUGUUAUCCUUCGGUGGACUCUGAUCUUCGAAGCGUCCUCCUGAGCAAGUGCUGUUUGACGCAGAGCAAGGAUGAUUUUCAUACCUUUGUAUUUGGCCAAUUCUGCCGCAUUUGGUACUACAUCAGCACACUUGAGGUCGAGGAGCCAACACCUCUAAACAAGGUCACGCAUUUGUCAGUGGUAGUUACAGCAAAAGACUUCAACCCGGAGAAAUAUGCUGCGCUUAAUCGAAUACUCUGCAGGAUGUACAUCAAAUAUGGCAGUCCAGUGAAAAUGAUGGAGGUCUACAUCGCUGUCCUCAUCAAAGGUAUUUGCCAGAGCGAAGAGAAUGGCUCGUUUUUAGCCAAGGACUACGACAUCCGAAAGGCAUUCCUGGCAGGAUCAAUCAAAGAUGUGGUAUCUCAGUUUGGCAUGGAAACCAUCAUCCUGUACACUGCUGUCAUGCUGAAAAAAAAGAUUGCUGUCCACCACCCUCGAAUUGAAGCCUUAUUGGAAUUCACGAGAGUUCUUCCUGCUCUCGCGUGGCACAGGAAAGACUGGUCUAUUCUACAUCCAUAUGUGCACCUGACUGAUACUGAACUGGAGCAUCUCAAUAAAUGCUCAGGAUAUAUAGCAGGAUUUGUCGAUCCAGAGGUGAGCAACAGAUCGGACCUGUUUGAUGUGUAUGUCAACCUCCCAGACAGUGUCAUCACUAUUUCACAGAGUGCCAAAGAGGCUAUGAUGAUGGGGAAGUUACAUAAGGACAUUGGCAAUCUUAUUGUCCAUUCCGCAGAAGACACGGAGAAGUCAGAUAGUCAAGUCAUUAAGGACAUUUCUUUAAAGACCCAACAAAUUCUUGCUCAUUUGGGGACCUUGGCUGAUCAGUGUGAAGGCUCUAAAAUUACUUUGGAAUAUUUAAAGCAGCAACAUUUCCCUCCAGCGACGGAAAACUUCCUGUUUCAUCUGGCUGCGGCUGAGCAGAUUUUACGGAUGUAAAUCUUCUAUACAAUUUUUGGAUUCUCAGAUGCCGUCCAAAAUGGUGACGGUUUGGGCACGCCUGUCACUUAAGCAGACAGGACCCUGAGUAUGUAUGACAGUAAAAGUGUGGCAAAUAUGGCGUUUAAUUUAAAAAAUUUUUUUUAACUAAAGUUUUCUUGCUGACCUCAAAUUCCAAGACAUAAUUCUGUUUUACUAUAUUGUCACCAUGCCUCAUUGUUCAAUAGGUGAUACACAGUGCAGUAAUCCAGGUCAUUUUUGCGACAAGGAGAAGACUCGUACAAACAAGUUUUUGAUUUUAAGUUAAAUAAUAAUUUAAUUCCAUGCCUACAGAUUGUGUACUGUCUCUUUUCAGGUUCUACCAUGUUUGUUAUUAUGUUUUAGGGUACAUUUGCUAUGAAUGGUUAAGCGCCUCAGUAUUUCCUUACAUAAUGCAAUGCAUAGAAUGAUGUAACAUUGGGAGGGUUGCAUUUAUUUUUUAUGAACAGAUUUGUAUUUGGCAUCUAUCAAUGCUCAAAAUAUUCAUAGAGUAAUAAUAAAUGUAUUGUUAAAAA